GCCGCCCACAACAACUCUGAGGAUGGCCAGCAGCUUUUCCUGACCACCACAAUGGCGCAGGUCAUCUCCGGCAUCUUCGUGUGGUCAGCACUCAUCGUCACCUUCCACCAGAUCUACAUGCACUUGAGGAAUUACACCAUCCCCAAGGAGCAGCGCUACAUCAUCCGCAUCCUCUUCAUUGUGCCCAUCUAUGCCUUUGACUCCUGGCUCAGCCUCCUCCUCCUCGGCAGCCACCAGUACUACGUCUACUUCGACUCAGUGCGUGACUGCUAUGAAGCUUUCGUGAUUUACAGCUUCCUGAGCCUGUGCUUCGAGUACCUCGGAGGGGAGAGCACCAUCAUGACAGAGAUCCGAGGGAAGCCCAUUGCGUCCAGCUGCUUUUAUGGGACCUGCUGCCUUCAGGGUAUGUCCUACUCGAUCGGGUUCCUGCGCUUCUGCAAGCAGGCCACGCUGCAGUUCUGCAUUGUGAAACCCCUCAUGGCGAUCGUCACCAUCAUCCUGCAGGCAUUCGGGAAGUACCACGACGGGGACUUCAACGUCCAAAGCGGCUACCUCUACAUCACCAUCAUCUACAACUUCUCCGUCAGCCUGGCACUUUACGCCCUCUUCCUCUUCUACUUCGCCACCAUGGACCUGCUGCGCCCGUUUGAGCCAGUCCUCAAGUUCAUCACCAUCAAGGCAGUCAUCUUCCUCUCCUUCUGGCAAGGGACACUGCUUGCAAUCCUGGAGAAAUGUGGGGUGAUCCCUGAAGUUCAGAUCAUCGAUGGGAAGGAGGUGGGAGCUGGAACGGUGGCUGCUGGCUACCAGAACUUCAUCAUCUGCAUUGAGAUGCUCUUUGCUUCCAUUGCCCUGCGCUAUGCGUUCACCUGCCAGGUGUACAGAGAAAAGAAAGAAAACUCGACAGCAAACCUUGCCCCAAUGCAGAGCAUCUCGAGCGGGCUGAAGGAGACCAUAAGCCCCCAGGACAUCGUGCAGGAUGCCAUCCACAACUUCUCGCCUGCGUACCAGCAGUACACCCAGCAGUCGAUGCAGGAGACAGAGCACAAAGUGCCAGGGGAGAAGGGACACGUGGCCUCCAAGGGGGAGGGACCGAGUGGCAGAAAGAGCAAAAACAUCGAGAAGAGAGUGCUGAUCCUGUCGGACGAGGAGCUGUAG